CGUCAAAAUAAAACAAGCCUACUCUCGUGACUUUAUCCCAGUUGACAAGUCCCAUAUUCCCUCUAGAGAAACUGCACUUCAGUGGCCACACCUUAAAGACCUAGCCAACCAGCUACAGCCACUACAAAAUUGUGAAGUGGGCUUGCUAAUCGGUUAUGACUGUCCAUCAGCACUAGCUCCCCUAGAAAUAGUCACAGGACAAUUGAACGAACCUUUUGCACAAAGAACUAUUCUUGGUUGGAGUGUCAUUGGGUCUGGUAAUCCCCACUUAGACAGAGAGGGAAAUCAGAGUUAUGUGCACCGCAUCAAUGUCAAACAAAUGCCCACACCCUCAGCUGCUGACGUGCUUAGAGUCUUAGAGUCAGACUUCAAUGAGAGAAACUAUGAGGAUAAAUAUGUAUCCCAGGACGAUGUUCGUUUUUUACAAAUCCUCAGUGACACAAUAAAGCAGAGAGAGGAUGGACACUAUCAGAUGCCCCUUCCCUUCAAGGAUAGUAAGCCACCAACCCUUCCCAACAAUAAGAGGCUAGCCACAGUCCGACUGCAACACCUAAAGAAAAGGCUAAAGGCUGACAAACAGUAUCAUGAGCAUUACAAAGCCUUUAUGAAAGACAUUAUCAGUAGUGGUGAUGCAGAACUAGCCCCUCCUGUGACAGAUGAUGAGAUCGCUUGGUACAUCCCACACCAUGGGGUCUACCACCCCAAAAAGCCAACGAAGUUAAGAGUCGUCUUUGACUGUUCUGCUAAGUUUCUUGGCGUCUCACUGAACGAUACUCUUCUCACAGGUCCUGAUAUGAUUAACUCACUGGUGGGGGUACUUUGUCGUUUCAGAAGGGAGAAUGUAGCCAUCAUCUGCGACAUCGAACGAAUGUUCCAUCAGUUCUUCGUCUGCCCAGAGAUGCGUAACUACUUACGAUUUCUGUGGUGGCCGGAUGGACAAUUAGAAGUAGAGCCCAAAGAGUACAGAAUGGCAGUGCAUUUGUUCGGUGCUGGAUCUUCCCCCGGAUGUGCUAAUUUUGGCCUUAAGUACCUGGCACAACAGCACAGAUCUGACUACCCGAAAGCAUCCGACUUUGUUGAAAGGAGUUUCUAUGUAGACGAUGGGUUGACAAGUGUUCCAUCAGUCAAAGAGGCUCGAGAGCUCAUAAAUGAAACACAAGCCCUUUGCAAACUUGCAGGUUUACAUCUGCACAAGUUUAAUUCCAACGAAAGUGAUGCUCUCUCUCAUCUUCCACCUUCAGAAAGAGCCACUACAACAGAGUCACUCGACCUCAAACCUGAUACUACACCUGAAGGUCAUGUGCUUGGAAUCCAGUGGUCAGUUAAAAAUGACACCUUCAGCUUCAGUGUAAAUACAAAGGACCAGCCUCCUACUCGCCGGAGCCUACUGUCAGUUAUCUCAUCUUUAUAUGACCCACUGGGCUUUGUAGCUCCCUUCACUUUGAGUGGCAAAGGUAUCCUACAGGAGCUCUGCCGUAGAGGUACCGAAUGGGAUGACCCCAUUCCUGACAACCUGCGCUCACGGUGGGAGGACUGGAAAAAUGGUUUGGAAAAACUUAAAUCAGUCAUAGUACCCAGAUGUUACCAUCCACCUGAACUAAAAGACAUUGUUAAAGUGGAACUGCAUCACUUCUCUGAUGCCAGUAACAUCGGCUAUGGAGCAUGUUCCUACAUUAGGUUCAUAAGUGAUGACAGCAAAGUGCACUGUAGUCUGGUUAUAGCUAAAGCUAGAGUCGCACCUACCAAAGUUAUAAGCAUACCACGACUAGAACUGUCAGCCGCAGUCACCUCAGCUAAGAUGAGCUUUAUGCUAAGAUCAGAGCUUGAGAUUAACAUUGAUGAGGAGUUCUUUUGGACUGACUCCCAAGUAGUCUUGGCAUAUAUCAACAAUGAGGCACGAAGAUUCCAUGUCUUUGUCGCAAAUCGUGUCCAGUUGAUUAGGGAAAUUACAGAUCCCAAACAGUGGCACUACAUUGACACAGCUCAGAAUCCAGCAGACCAUGCCUCUAGAGGCCUUAGUGCAUCAGAGAUUAUGACAACCUGCUGGCUAUCUGGCCCAAAGUUUCUGUGGGAACAAGAGAUUUCCUACUCAGCUGCCCACUCAGCUGAACUAUUGGUAGGUGAUCCAGAAGUUAAAGCAGUCAAAACCUUUACAACUCAAACAAGCGAACAAGACACCGUCCUCAGACGCUUCGAAAGGUUCUCUAGCUGGUCAAUGCUCCUUAAAGUAGUGGCAAGAAUAAAAAGACUGAGACCAAACAUAACCCAAUAUGGCAGUGUUGUAACUGCGGAUGAACGCAAAAGAGCCGCUGACACAAUAAUAAAACUCCUCCAGCAGCAAUCCUUUUUUCAAGAGCUGAGAGUGUUGAAGGCAAAAGAUAGUCUCCCAAGUUCAAGCCCUCUCUUUCAACUGGAUCCCGUUGUAGAUCAGGGACUUCUCCGGGUUGGAGGAAGACUAAAACAGUCAACACUCUGCCAAGGUUUGAAACACCCUGUUAUCCUCCCAAAAGACCAUCACAUUACAAACCUGAUCAUAUCUCACUUUCAUUCAAAGAUUUGUCAUCAAGGCCGAAGCCAGACGCUCAUGGAGAUCAGAGCAAAUGGGUUUUGGGUGAUUGGUGGGAGUAAAGAAGUUGCAAAGCUAAUAAGCAGAUGUGUUCAAUGUCGAAAGCUUCGACGGCCUCUUGAGGAACAACGCAUGUCGGAGCUACCGAAGGAACGAGUUGAGGUCUCAGAUCCUUUCACCUACAGUGGAAUGGAUUGUUUCGGUCCAUUCACCACCAAGCAAGGUCGCAAGGAGCAAAAGAGGUAUGGACUCCUCUUUACCUGCCUUUCCUCACGCGCAGUUCACAUUGAAAUGCUAGAGAAUCUGUCUACAGACUCUUUCAUUAACGGCCUAAGAUGCUUUAUCAGCUUAAGAGGAGCUGUCUGUAAGCUGUACUGCGACCAAGGUACAAAUUUCGUUGGGGCCAAAAAUGAGCUAAAAGAGGCUCUCAAGGAAUGUGAUAGAAAUACCUUGGAGGCUUUCCUUGCAGAUAAGCAGUGCGAAUUCAUAUUCAACGCCCCAUCUGCCAGCCACGCCGGAGGUGUGUGGGAACGACAGAUUCGAACCAUCCGCAGUGUUCUCAAUGCUACCAUUACUCAAUCACAAGGCAGGCUGGAUGACGCUUCUCUAAGAACACUGUUUUAUGAGGCAAUGUCUAUAAUCAAUGGCCGACCACUAAGCGUUGAUGGAAUCAAUGACCCUAAAUCACCUGAACCUCUAACUCCAAACCAUCUCAUAUUAAUGAAAUCAAAGGUUGCACUGCCCCCUCCUGGAAAGUUUGUGAAGGAGGACUUGUAUGCAAGAAAAAGAUGGCGCAGAGUGCAAUAUCUAACAGAACAGUUUUGGAGUAGGUGGAAAGUGGAGUACCUUCUGAACAUAUCUACAAGACAAAAAUGGCAUCUGCCUCGUCGCAACCUUGAGGUCAAUGACAUUGUCAUCGUAAAGGAAGACAUACUUCCCAGAAGUCAGUGGCAACUGGGUCGAGUUGUUGAAGCACCACAAGAGGACGACGGCUUGGUGCGCAGAGUCAAGCUUCAAGUUGGUGAUCGGAAUUCAAUAAAGAAGCAGGGUACAACACACAAACAUCACAUUAUUGAGAGACCUGUUCAAAAACUUGUAGUUCUUUUAGAAAGUCGCUAACUGACAUUCAUUAGUCUCACAUCAGACAUUAUAUUGCUGAAGGUUAAAGUGUGACAUUAACUGUAUUCUGUUUGUUGGCUACUUUAAUGUGCAUUUGUCAUGCUUAAAAUCAUGCAUGAAUCGUUAACGUGUUCUCAUCAUACAUGAUUUGGUGGGAGUGUAAAUGCCCAUUCCAUUAUUUAUGCUGUUUGUAGGUUGCUACCCAUAGUACCCACUAGGGGCGCUGUAGUUUGGUUCACUCUAAGUUAGUACCUUCAUUUAAAGUGAAAAAUAAGAGGAAGUGUUGCUAGUUUCCUGUCAGUCAGAACGUUGGGCGGGAAUAUCCCACGGACAGGAGGAGGAGGAGGAUGUUCUUCAUCUUUGUGACUCUGGGUUAGCGCACUUUCUUCAGAGAAGGCUAGAAGCAGCACUGCACGGACUUUACCGCCAUAAACUUUGCAGCCCUUGGACAGCGGAGCGAGUUUUCACGGUGUAUUUGGAGCACGGUGUAUUCAGUGCUAUUCAGCAAACUUGGCUGUGAAAGAAGCAAAUACAAAGCUACUACACCCGU